GCCGCGACUCGUGACGCGCUCAGUGGAAACGUAACCUAUUGCGCGCAGAUGGUGUGUCGGUUGCUGCAGCCAUAUAUUGCAUCAUCUUGUAGAGACCGGUCACUGCAGCCAUAUUGCAUUAUUAUCUUGUACAGACCAGCUAAAAAUCAAGAACAGUUACAGAGCAAUUACAGAGACUCAUUGCAUGUGCACGUACAAAGGCUGCUGGUAAGCGCCUAUAUAUGUAUAUAUUUCAUAUUUAUCCAUAUGUAUACGGCUCGCUACACAUAGUCGUGAUCGUUAUCGACUCUGUGUUAGAUUCUCACGCGAAGAAGAAGGCUCACUACACAUCACACUGUGUAUUGCUAAAAACGGCAUCAAGUUCAUCACUGCAAAAAAAAGUCGUUUCUAAGUCACCAUUAGUUUCAUCUGAAGAAAAAAUGUCACAUAACGUGACGCGUCUGCAAUCCGCAAGCGGAGAAAAAAACAUGGGCCGGACAGAAACCGACUACCAGAUACUGGAAUCUUCAGUAUCCAUGCAGGCAAAAAUGAGACAAAAAGGAAUCGGCAAUACACUUUCUAGUUACUACGAUGGAGGAACUAGAGGCUUUAGAAGAUAUUUUAAUGGACAAACCAGAAGCAUCGAACUUGCCCAGUUGUUUGAAACGCAAAGACACAAAGAUGCCCUGAGCACAAUAAGGCGAGGGUUACUACUACUUUUUCACCCUCUCUUAGCAAGCAAAAUUUCAUGGAAAGGAUACAAUAAUAAUUUCAAGUUCGAAGACACGAAGACUGCGCAAAUCUUGUGUGGUAAGUAAUACGUAGUUCAGAAUGUUAUGUAAGACAGGGACAAUCUAGAAUGGAAACUGUCGGCACGGUAGCCAGGGGAACUUGGAACGCCGUUAGGGUGGCUUAGGGGAGUUUCAGGAGAGUCGAGGAGAGUCGGCGACAACGUCGACGACGAGGGCUUUGAGCUUUAGUCUCGAUAACAGUAUAUAUAGCUUUAUUCAGAGUCACUGCCGGAACCACAACGUCCUGUGGUGCACACUACAAGAGUCUUCUUCCAAAUGAUGCCCCUUUUGUAGGGUUAGCUCGUAUGCUCUCCAAUCGGAGAGCGUUUACAAAAGUAAGUGCAAUCAGGUGCCAUCGCUGCGGCGCUACUUGGCAGAAAGCCAAUCAACGUUGAGGAGGACUGCGCGCGCAUACGGCGCGGUGAUUUACUAACGGAAAGUCUAGUUAUUGAGGCCGUUUCUUACAGCUCGGCCAUUCUGCG